AAAUCAAACAACUUUCAAAAUCUUUAAAACAUAAAAGUUUCAAACAGAAUAAUGAUUGCUAAAUUUGCAUACUUAAAUUUUUAAAAAAAGUAUUUUUUCUCUCAAAAGAUGAUUAUUAUGGUAUUUUUUAUAAUAGGACACUCUCAAGUGACUAAAGGUGAUGACAUUUUUUUAGCUGGCGCCAUUGAUUCAUGUAAGUCUAAUGAGAAUGAGCCAAAAUGUGUUUUCCAAUUCUUAUAUGAAAAAGCAACAGAGUUUGCAAUUGAAGAGAUUAAUAAAAACCCUAAAAUCCUUUUUAAUCACACUCUAAAACUGCAAAAUAUGAAUAUAAAUGAAAAAAUAUCAGUAUACCGUGUUCUUUCAGGAAGGUUUGUGAUAUCAAUUGGACCUUACUCUUCAGAGUUUUCUGAGUUUUGGUCGAAUGUCUUAUGGGUUGGAAAAAAAUCAGUAAUUAGUUAUGGUGCAAGCAGUACCAAAUUUUCUAGGAGAAAUGAUUACCCAUCCAUUUUUUCAACAGUGCCAUCAGACAAAUACCAAUCAAAAUUACUUCUACAAUUAGCUUUGCAUUUCAACUGGCAGACUGUUGCCAUUCUGCAGACACAAGAUGAAGAUGGAGCCUCAAUGACUUUUAACUUAGGAACUGUUUUAAACAAAAGUAUAUGUAUAAAACACAUGGAAAAAAUUUACCCAGAUUCAAAAAUAGACGAAUAUGAGAAUGCAAUUGCUUCGCUACUCCAACAUAAAGAUGUAAAAACUGUGUUUAUAUUCUUUACAUACGAGUCUUGUAAAAAUUUUUUCAUAGCUGCUGAAAAAUACAAAGAAAAUUUAAAAUUAUUUCAGUUUGUGAUUAGUACAUCUUGUGGAACCAUGCUAAAUAUACCUAGUUCCAUUCAACUUUAUUUUGAAGGGAUGCUUGCUGUACAAAUAACAAACCCUAUGCCACCUGAUUUUCAAAAUUACUUGAAAUUGAAGUAUAAAAACUUCAACUACAGUGCAUACACCCCUGUAAGACCAGUAAUAAAAUCUGUAAAUGCUGCAGCCUUUGCCAUUCAUAAAUGGUUAGAAGAAUGUGAUAUGAAGCCACAAAACAAUAUAUCUUGCGCACAAGCAUUACUUAGUACAGAUAACAUUUACAUAAACACUUAUUUAUCUAACAUAACAGAAAACAAUUUAAGUAAAAUACCCAUGUUUAAUGAAUUUGGUUGCGUAGAGGAUAGUUAUGAUAUUUUUCAAUACACUCAAGGUGAAUUUAAAGUUAUUGGAUUUUGGAACCACAGUAAUACUACUGCAUUACAAAUACAUCCAAUAAUUCCAUUAGAAGAAUCAAUAUGUAGCUCUCCAUGUAAGGAAAAUCAAAUUCAGAUUCCAACAACUGAUUGUUGUUGGAGUUGUAGUCCUUGCAAUCCAGAGGAUAUAAUAAAAGACAAUGUUUGUGUUAAGUGUGCACCAGGAACAAAAACAAACAAAAAGCAAAGGGAAUGCUACCCAUUACCUCUAGUCUCUAUGAAUAUGAAUGACACAUUAGCAUAUAUUGUAUUCUCUAUUUCAAGCACAACUAUUUUUCUUUCAGUUUUCCUAAUUAUUGUAUACUUAAAUAACCACAACAAAUAUAUUAUAAGGGAAGGCAACACCCAAUUGUGCUCUUUGGUUGGUGUAAUUUUUAUGUCAAUAACACCUUUACUUUACAUUCAAAAACCAUCUAUAAUUGCAUGCCAUGCUCAAAAAAUAAUGUUUGGCAUGCCGCUAACACUCUGCUACGCUCCAUUGGUCUUAAAAACAAAUAGAAUUUAUAGAACUUAUCUUUGUUCUGAUAAACCAAAACUAAGAGGGUUGAUACUAAUUUCAAUGCCCUCUCAAAUAUUACUCAUACUUGGAAUGGUUGGCAUUCAGCUGACAAUGGCUGUUUUCUGGGUAGUAAACAGUCAACCAGUAGUGUUAACGGAAUUCAAACCAAACCAUGUAGAACAAGUUUGCAACUCUUCUAGUAAAAAUAUGACUCUAAAUGCUGUCUUUCCGUGUGUUUUGAUGUUAUCUUGUGCGUAUUGGGCAUUUAAAACCAGGAACUUACCUGAAACUUACAAUGAAAUAAAGAGCAUAGCAAUUACCAUGUAUAUAACAGUUUUUCUGUCUACAGCUGGACUUGCAGUGGCUUAUGUUCUAGAUUCUCAGCCAAAACAACUUUAUACUUUGUGUUUUACAUACCAAGCCAUAUCGAUUGUAACAUUAUAUGGUUUAUAUGCCAUGAAGAUAAUUAAAAUGUAUUUUCGUAAGCUUACAAAAAAAAAUAAAAGAAAAAAGGAACUAGAUACUAUAAUGAAUCAGCUAGCGAUUAUGAGUCCAACAUUAUCAAUGAUGUCUGGAAUAUAUGAAAGAAAAAACAGUAGUCCUUCAAUCACAACAACAAACUCAACAGUUGCUGCAAAUAGUUAAUCAACUGAACCCCCUACUUCCAAAAUAAGUCCCAAAAUAAAAUUACAUAAUAAAAAUACAUAAACAACUGCAAACA